CAGAGUGUUGUCACAAGAUCAGCACAUCGUUAACUAUUACGGCAAGAACACUGCACACUUGUAAAAUGAGAGCGGCCGUGGUUGCGGUGGCGCUGCUGUUGCUGCAGGUGGCGGCUGUCGCAGCAGCGCCCAGGAACGCCGGCUGUCUGUCCUCCGGAGAUCCCCGCUGUUGGCGCGCACACACAGGUACCGAUGAGCAGCAUCACGCUCUUGGGACACCAGACACUCAGAAAUCGUCGCUUACUCAGUCAAAUGUUGGGAAUGACAACACAUGGCUACAUUCUGAACAAGAGGAUGCUGAACAUGGAAGAAGUGAGCAACAUUCAGUACAAAAUGUAAAGAAGAAACCUUUAUAUGGCUGGUCUAGUCUCAUAAAAGCUAUAAUUCAAGAGAAACAAAACAGAAGCAGAAGCGAAGAAGAUGACAGCAACGACAGCAGUAGUAAUGACAGCAGUGACAGCAGCGCAAGUGACAAUGAAAAUUCUAGUGGUGAUAACAGCGACAGCAAUGAAAGUGAUGGAGAUGAUAGUAACAGCAGUAGUAGUGAUGAGGAAAAUACUAGUGGUAUUAACAGUGACAGUAAUGACAGUGAUGAAGAUGACAGUAGUAAUGAUGAAGAAAAUACUAGUGGUAAUAACAGUGGCAGCAAUGAGAACGAUGAAGACGACAGUAACAGUAGCAACAGCAGUAGUAACGAUGAUGAAAACAACAGUGGUAAUCACGGUGGCAGUAAUGACAGUGAUGAAGAUCACAGUGGUAAUGAUGAAAAUACUAGUGGUAAUAACAGUGGCAGCAAUGAGAGUGAUGAAGAUGACAGUGGCAAUAGCAACAGCAGUAGUAACGAUGAUGAAAACAACAGUGGUAACAACAGCCAGAGUAAUGAGGAUGACAGUGACAGUGGAAAUGGUGGUGGAGGCGAUAGUGGAGAUGGAGGUGAUGGAGGAGAUGGAGGUGAUGGUGGAUACGGAGGCAAUGGUGGAGAUGGAGGUGAUGGUGGAGAUGGAGGCGAUGGAGGCGGCAGUGGAGACGGAGGCGAUGGUGGAAACGGAGGUGAUGGUGGAGACGGUGGCGAUGGAGGCGAUGGUGGAGACGGUGGCGAUGGAGGUGAUGGCGGAGAUGGGGGCAAUGCAGGAGACGGAGGUGAUGGAGGAGAUGGAGGCAAUGGAGGAAAUGGAGGCGAUGGAGGAGAUGGAGGCGAUGGUGGCGAUGCUGGAGACGGAGAUGAUGGUGGAAAUGGAGGUGAUGGUGGAGACGGAGGCGAUGGUGGAGACGGAGGUGAUGGUGGAAAUGGUGGUGAUGGAGGUGAUGCUGGAGAUGGUGGAGAAGGAGGCAAUGGAGGAGACGGAGGCGAUGGUGGAGACGGAGGCGAUGCUGGAGAUGGUGGUGACGGUGGAAACGGAGGUAAUGGUGGAGACGGAGGUGAUGGUGGAGACGGAGGCGAUGGUGGAAAUGGUGGUGAUGGAGGUGAUGCUGGAGAUGGAGGCGAUGGUGGAGAAGGAGGCAAUGGAGGAAACGGAGGCGAUGGAGGAGAUGGAGGCGAUGGAGGAGACGGAGGCAAUGGGGGAGAUGGAGGUGAUGGUGGAGACGGAGGUGAUGGUGGAGAUGGAGGUGAUGGUGGAGAUGGAGGCGAUGGUGGAGAUGGAGGCGAUGCUGGAGACGGAGGUGAUGGUGGAGAUGGUGGUGAUGGAGGUGAUGCUGGAGAUGGAGGCGAUGGUGGAGAUGGAGGCAAUGGUGGAGAUGGAGGCAAUGGUGGAGACGGAGGUGAUGGUGGAGAUGGAGGUGAUGGUGGAGAUGGAGGUGAUGGUGGAGAUGGAGGCGAUGGUGGAGAUGGAGGUGAUGGUGGAGAAGGAGGUGAUGGUAGCGAUGGAGGUGAUGGAAAUAAUGAAGGCAGUGGUGGUAAUGAUGACAAUGGUCAGUCUGAUAACGAAAAUGGCAAUGAUAAUGGAGGCAGUACUACAGAAGGUAAUAUUGGUGAUUGCCCUGCUGUGGGAAGUUGCCCAUUACACGAAGAUGCCGGAUCAGAUGUUACUUUGCUGCCACAUGCAACUGACUGUGGAAAGUACUGUGUAUGUGAGCAUGGUAUUCCAGUAACCAUGCCUUGUCCUGCUGGACUCUAUUUCAACCCAGAACUGAGAGUCUGUGAUUGGCCUUGGGCUGCAGGCUGUAAGGCACCUACCCACCUUGGCAGUAUAGCAUACUUCUUGGCACAAAUCUUACGCCGACAUCAUUAAUGGAUUCCACUCUGUAUAUCAACAUAAUCUGAUGCAGAUAUACUAUUACAGAAGAAUGUAGCAGCUGUAACUAUUAUAUUGUUUUACAGUCAAUAUUUAUUGUACUUUGAGCACAAAUAAAUUUUUUAUACAGUGAA